AAUGUCAGUUAUGAGUUAGAAUAACGAUCCUUCUAUAAAAUAGAGAGACAACAAUCGUCAAUAAAUCACAUCUCUAAGUAAGAAUUCUUAGGUUCAUACUCUAGAUCAAUUAUCAAAUAUGUAUGGAAAGUCAAAACCUGGUGAAUUGGCAUAAUCACUUGUUUAUGGUGAUAAACCAAAAAAAGAAAACAAUCGUCCUUCAAAAUAAAUGUAAACCACAGUUUCAGAGAAACCUAACUAAUGGUAAACAAGAACAGUAGCUGUCUCUCCUUCUAAAUUUACUAUGCUAUCCUAAUAACUUUAUAAUCAUAUCCCAGACACAUUGGAAGCCUAGAAAUCUUAAAGGGCUUUUCAUGUGAAAGAUUAGAAACUAUUAUUGUCUCCUGAAAGAUUACAUUCAUUACCUAAUUAAAAUGGAGAUAAAACUCCUGAAGUCUGCAAUAGACUACUUGAAUAUAAGACCUUUGUGAGUGACAAGAAAUAAACACUCAAAGAUUAAUUGGAUGCUGAAUACUUGAGUUAAUGCAGCUUUUAACCAUAAAUAGAUGAGAAAAGUAGAAAAAUGGCUAUAAAAGCUACAAAUUAAGAAGUUCGUUCGGCAGAUGAAUUUCAUGAGUAAUAAAUGAGACAUCUUCAAAAAGUCAAUGAAAAGAGAGAAAUACUCUAAAAGUAAUAAGAGGAAGAUGAAAAGGCUGAGUUAUCUAGUCCAAAAUUAACAGUUAAGACUUAGAAAUUAACAUUAAAAUAUAGUGAAUAGCCUCUUGUUGAAAGAUUACAUGAAGUAAAAUCUAAGACUUAAACAUUACCUGAUUCUACAUUAGGUCAUUCAUUUAAACCAUAAAUAUCAAAGAAAUCUAAAGAAAUUAAAAGAGAAGAAUCAGUCUAAGAUUUCUUAUACAAUGAUGCUAAAAAUAGAUAAGAAUAAAAGAAAUAAACUGAAACAAUGAUUCCAUAAUCAAUAAUAUCUCCUACUGACAAGAGUUAAUCUUGGUUUGUUUAAAGAUUCAUUAAAGAAUUUUAUUAUUAAUUGAGUGGUUUGGAUAGAGUAUAAGAAACAAAAGAUUAUUCAAAGAUAUAUUAAGAUGACUUUUAAAAAAUAUUAGGAGGUUUAGGUUUUGGAUAAUGUGAUAUGUUAUGGAAUGAAUUGAAUAAUGGAUUUUAUGUUUUAUCAAGAAAUCUAUUGGUUAUUUUAUUAGCCAUCCAAGCAGUACCACAACAUCUAAUAGAAAUACCUUUGUAUAAACCUAAAGUGGAAGAAAACAUUUAAGUGAAAUCAAAAUAUUAAUGUGAUGAAAAUGGAAAUCUAAUAUUGAGUGUUAGUGAUUGUUAAGAAUUACAUAAGAUGUUCUAUAAAUUAUAUUUGAAUACUAAAUAAUAGAAUGGAAAUGGAGUUAGAAGAAGAAUGGCUCGUUCUCCAUAGCCAGAGAUCAGAUGUGGAUCACCAAAGAUAUCAGAUAGAACUAAAUAAUUGGCUGAAGCUAAAAGAUAAGAUUCAUCAUUAUUUGACUGGUUCAGUUAAUAAGAAGAAAAGAAAAAAUAGAGUUUGGAAGAAUUAAAGAAAUAAGUAGAAGAAGAAAGAAUGAAGGAAUGUAAAUCUAUUUAGAGAGAAAUUACAAUAGAUUUACAUUAAUUAGCUAAACCUCUUUAAAAAUAAGAGGAUAGAACAACUGUAGAUGUUGAAUUCGAUAAUUAAUAAUAACAUUGUUCAUUCCAACCAUAAAUUAGUAAGCCUGCUUAAAAGACUUCAGCAAGUAAUUAUGCUAUUUAAGAGAUGGAAAAAUAGGCAGCCAGAAUGAAAGAAGCCAGAUUGAGAUAAAAGACUCUUGCAAAUUUAAAAAAUAAAGGAACUACUACUAAUAAUACUAUUAGAAGAAAAGAGAAGGGUCUCACUGAAAAUGAACUCAAUAAUGAACCUAAAUAAAAGAAGAAUAAGAGUAGACCAAUUAGUGAUAAAAGUACUCCUAUGUUAUAUGUGGAUGUUAAAAUUGAGGAUGGUAAAAGUGCUCGAAUUGUAGUAUUCGAAGGAGAUACUUCAGUCAGUUUAGCGAAUAAGUUUGCAAAAGAACAUAGUAAUAAUAUAUAUUUAACAUAAUUUAGAGUUGGAUGAGAAUAUGAAAGAGAAACUUAAGGACUUGUUAGAUUAAUAGAUUAAUUCUUAUUUAAUGAAGAUUGAAGAAGAGUAAGAAUAAGAAGAUGAUUGA